UGAAACCAUAAGAACUUAACUGAUUGAGAAGUGCUCAUCCCCCUUUAACGAUGCAUUUUAAAGAAAAAAUGUGUUUUUAGAAAAAAAUAUGUCCAUAAAAAAUGUUUCUUGAAAACUUUUAAUGUCGGAAUAUAAUGGCCUCAUAUCCUACACGAAAAACAGGUUGGUAAUCGCUUUUAAAAAAUUAAUUAACUACCCCAAAAAAACUACUUAUUCUGACACUUUUGUCUACCUACCUACCACUAGCCACUAGCUUUUACUAAUUCUUCUACUACUAAACUUUAGACUAGUUUAAACUCACUUAACUAACUUAUAAUUGAUAACUUUCGAGUAAUAAAUAAGUUAAAUAAGUAGCUAACGGUUCUUACGUUGACUUUAUUAUAUUUAUAGAGAAACUUUAGACUUCUUAAUUUUACAAUUUUUUUAACUUCUACUUCUACUUACUACUAAUUUUGAACUACUCUUACUCUUACACUCUACUUACUUCUUAGACUAAACUUACACCUGGACUGGACAGUACUUAUUAAACAGUAUUAAACACAUCUACUUUAGACUGAUAAACAUUAGUAUUGUUUUUAUGAUAGAAACUUAUACUCUAUUGUUAAUUGACUAUUGAGUAUUGAGUCUAUGAAGUCUAUGUGUAUUAUUGACAACUGACUAGUCAGAUUCAGAUAUCAAUCAUUUAAUAGUUUUAUUAAAAUUAACUGAUUGUUGAUGAUGAAUGAUUUCUGAUUAGAAUCAUUCAUUAGUAACCUACUUAAUCCUAUACUUUUUUUUACUAUACUAGAAUACUAUAAUUUGUCUAUCUGAAUAUCUGUGAUAAUAAACUAUACUUAAUAGUUAAAUAAUAUUAAUAAUUAGUAUAUAUAUUAUUAUUAUUAAGAUGGUUUUAUAAAGGGCAGUAUCCCAGCUUGGUCUAGGCUCACUGCGCUUCCAUUGUUUGGGGCACAGAAAUGUCUGAAAGAGAUAGAUUGUUCACCAUAUGUUUUAGUGCGUUUUCUGGGAAUAGAAAGAAUAUGAGUGUCCGCAGAGGAACAAAGCUUUCGAAGGGGUGAAUAGGCAGAAAGAAGUUCUGUAAGAAGGGCAGGAACAAGAGAAAAAGUUGUGACAGAGAACGGACUGCUUGUAAUCAAUGCGUGCCUUAUAGGCCUAAAAUGAAUAAUAAUAAUUUAUUAUUAAUGUAAAUGUAAUUGUAAAUCUUAUUCAGCAUUUGUUGAUUCACAUUUAUUUAGCUUUCUUUUCAUUAGGACUUAGGCAUCGGGUCUUUCAUGCUUUAAAUUUGUUACAACUUAUUGAUUAAUGAUUGUGGAAUUAAGACUGAUUUCGGGGCUGUUGUCAUUUGACUUAUAAAUUGACAUGAAGUAGAGUAUGAUAAGGAGAAACUCUGAAAACUCUUGCUGUGCUCAGCCUAUUUCUUUAACUAUUUUAACUUCCCAAAUAAAUAGAAAUGGUCCAGCUAUUGGCUUAUAACUAAAUGUUGAUGUCUUAGAAUACAAUAUAAAGCAUCUUCUCAUGUCAUAAACAAGGGCAAAGUAUUAAGCUACUACAUACAUGAAGAAAGUCCUCAAUGUAAAUGGGUAUAAAGCAAAGUAAUUUUAUAAAAAUGCAACUGCUACUUAAUCAACAUUAAUCGGCAGUGUGUAAGACUACAAAAUACUAGUGGAAGAAUUCUGACAAACUAUUUUUAAGCAACAUAAAAAAAAAAGUGAGUUCCAUCAUUUUCAAGCAGUGUGGAUAUGAGAAUAUGGUAAAUUCAGAGAAAGCGGCCCGCGUUUAUUUCCAUGCGCGCACUUUUACGUCUUAAAUUAUCGAUCCCUAUGCCUAACCUGAACCCUAAAUCGAUCCCUAUGCCUAACCCGAACCCUAAAUCUAUCCCUAUGCCUAACUCGAACCCUAAAUCUAUCCCUAAGCCUAACCCGAACCCUAAAUCGAUCCCUAUGCCUAACCUAAACAAAGUCAAUGUGGGCCGCUAAAUCUGAAACAGCCGAGAAUAUUUACUGCCACUCCCAUUCUGCUCAAAUUUCUAAACAUCAGUCUUAGCAUAACUCAACUCAGCAACUAUCAACUCACCUGUUGAUUAACUUUUCUUACACAUAUUGAGGGGAAAAAAUGCUUAUUCAUACACAAUUUUAAAAAAAAUACACUUGACAAUUGAAACAUUAGUUUACAAAAUAACUUUUGGUCAGUGGCAGAUUGGUCCUUGAAUGAGUUAUGGUCUAAAAUCGCUAUUGGGGUAUAUUGCAUAUGGAAAAUUAUUUAUGUUAACAUUUUAUUUUUAUAAGAAUUGUAUUAUUUAUAAUUGUUUUUCAGGAAACAAUACUACAAUUACAAGAACAAGCAAUAUUCCGGUAAAUAAGUAAGUACAAUUUUUCGAGAGGGUAAUCAGAAUGUAUCAGAUCUUAAAAAAGAAAGUUAUAAAUGCUAGGACAGAAGUCAAAACUAAAAGUCCAUUCAGGCAAGGAUCAGGUUAAUAAUUAUUUAUUUAUAUAUGUUUGUUUAAAUUUAUUGUGUUGAGUAGAAUUUUAAAAUUGUAAUUAAAGUAUAGAAAUAAUACAAUUUUUAAAAAUGUGAAAAAGCCUUUUAAGUAAACAAUCUAAAAUGCUAUUUGUUGUUUUUCUGUUCGUACUGCAAAUUAAUUCAAACCCUAUUGAAACAGAAUUUUUUUUUAAAUUCAAUGAUACAUUAUGUAUUUUUACCUGAAAUUUGUUUGAAAGAAAUUUCAUCGAUGGAAAAUUGAUCAACGGAAAUUUGGUUGAAUCUUUUUUUCAGUUCACAUGUUAAAAUUUUCGUCAAAUUUCUUUUUGAACGCACUAUGUAGUAAAACAAAAUUAUGCCUUCAAAAGGACAUUUGACACAAAAUUUUAACGUGUUAACUGAAAAAAAAGAUUCUACCAAAUUUCCGUUCGAUCAAAUUUCCAUCUAUCAAUUUUCCAUUGAAGGAUUUUCCAGAUAAAGUAUUUUUUAUUGUUAUCAUCGUUGAUAUACUAAAAAUAAUGACAAAGUAGCUAUUGUUAAAUUGUUUUGAUUUAUUUUUAUAAUUUGAAAAAAAUAUAAUUAAAAAUAAUUAUGAUCUCCAUUAAUUUAUUCUAAAAUAACUUAGUUCUUGUUAACUGAUCUCAUACCAACAUGUUACGGGCUAAUUAAUAACUUUAAACCUUUGUUUUUACUAACCCUUUACCCAGGUUCCCCCCCCCCCCAAUCUUCAGAUUUAAUUUCUUAGUAUAGAUUCUUAAAACAAAAAUGACCAUCCUUUAACCUUCCAUUUAAUAUUGUUCAUUUACUAUUGUCAUUUUUUUUUUUCUAACCCCUUUCCCCCGUUCCCCCCCCCCCCCCCCAAUCUUCAGAUUUAAUUUCUUAGUAUAGAUUCUUAAAACAAAAAUGACCAUCCUUUAACCUUCCAUUUAAUAUUGUUCAUUUACUAUUGUCAUUAAUAUGUUUUCUCUUAUCCUUUAAAAAAAAUAUUUUUCAUAUCUUUUCUUGCUUACUGGUGCCUUGUUAUGUCAUAGAGCUAUAUAUACCCAUAAUAUUCUAAAUUUAAAUCAGUCGUUCUGCAACCCUCAUAUUGUGGUGACCUCUAACCAUAAAAUUGUUUUCGUUGCUACUUCAUAAAUAUGUAUUUUCCGAUGGUCUUAGGUGACCCUUGUGUAACUGUCAUUCGACCUCAAAAGGGGUUGAGAACCACUGUUCUAAAUGAAAAAGUUGUAAAUAAUUCUUUUUUUAUCAAGUACUUUAUUUAUUAAAAUUAUUAGUAACUUUUAAAAUUCUAUUAAAAAUGAAUACCUUAUUAACCUAAUUAUAUAACAGAACUUUGAUGUAAAGUUAAAAACGAAGUCAUUAUUAUUAUAUAUUUUGUACUUGUAACUUCUUAGCUUGGUCGCUGGGAUUUUAGACAGUUCACAAUUUAUCUGGUCUUAAAAGCGAAAACUUUUCCUAAAUAUUAAUGCAAUAUCUAUAAAGAUUUGUUUAGACUGUUUAUUGCAAUGAAAGUUUUCAAGCUCAACUAACUUAUAUUCACUUAUAUCUAUAUUAAGUUGUUUUUUUUAUGAAGAUAAAAAAUGUUUUUAAUAUACCUUUAAUUGACCAAUUAUGCAUAUCUAUUUCCACCUUUUUUUUAAACAUUACUUAAGGAGGUAGAGCCUUACUUAACUGAAAUUGCUGCCCUUUCCAGGUCACAAAACGAACAAUCAAGAUCUCCAGAGAAACCACCAGUUGCAUCAAAACCCAAGAUAGCACCACCUCCACCCCCCAAACCUACUUCCUUGUCUCCCCAAUCCUCGCUCACUUCCUCUUUUCCACAAUCUGAUCAAAAGAACCCAUGUAUUUUAUCAUAUAACUCAAGAAAUGGUUUAUCCAGUGAAACAAAAGACAAUAAGUGUAAGUCAUACGAUCAAUGUGGGCAUGGGGGAGAUCAGUUGAUCAAUGCAUCUUCCAUACCUCCACCAUUGCCUACAUCUCCACCCUCCCUAGUGAGCCAACAUUCAUUGGAAAACUCAACAUCAUUCUCCCUCCCGGCAUCUUUUCGCAGUAAGACUUUAAGAAUGGUAAAUCUUUCUGCCCAAAGUCAAAUACUUGUCAGCCUUUCUUCCAGCUCUUCUCCUAUUUCACCCACAUCACCAAUAUCAUCUAGUUGCAGUACACUUGAUCCAUCACUUAGUACGAGACCCCAAGGGUCUUUGCGAUCUCCCAAAAUAUCAACCACAUCACUUUCUGAACAAGAAGCAUUAUUACUUAAGCCACUGCCCAACAAAUCCCUAACUGCUUCCCUUCCCGGCCCAACCAAAACUAAAUCAGAAAUAAGUCUGCUGCAUACUAAAGAAGCUGUCGCCAUAUCUGAAGCAGAACUGAUACAAAAUGAGGUUACUUCAAAAGCAGGAGAAAAACAAUCACCAACACAGCUUAAUAAUAAUGCACAAAUAUCAGAUCAGUCCAAUGCAAUAUUAGACACGCCUUCUCUAAAAAUGCCUCACAGCUGUCCCAACAAACCCGCCUCUCCAUCAAAUCGAUCACCACCUUUUGAGAGACCCAAAAGAACUCCACCCUCUCUUGGCAAGCUUGUAUCUGCCCCAUCCCAACCUGUGCCACAAUUUGUUGAAAAGAAAACAUCUCUACCACCUUCCAGACCUGCUCCACCUGUAUUGAAACCUAAAUCCUCCACCUUUGUAGACUCCCCACUUGAGUCUUCCCAACAGCCUUUAGCAGCACCAGGUAUUCCAUUUUUUUUAAGAUCAUUGUUGCUGUCUUAAAAGCUUUUAAGGGACUAUUUGUUGUUUUGAAGGGAUUAUAUGUUCUCACCAUAAUUAUGAUUUUACUCUAUGUAUUGAACUGAUAUGGUAAAAUAUUAAAUAAAAUAAAUGAUAAAGAAAUUGAAAUCAAAUAAGAAUUUUUUGUUUAAAUAAGUAGAAGAUUUGUUCAUAUACAAAAAUUAUUUGGUCAUAAUCACAAUUCAGCUUUUAAAUACGAAGUGAGUUGUAAAUGUUUAUAAGGUCAUAUAUUUGCUUAAGUUAUUAUUUUUACUCUUUCCCAGUAUGAUAAAAAAAUCACCUCCCUCCCCUCCUAUGUGCUCGUAUGACGUUCAGCCAAAAUUGUUUAACCAAAUAAAUAGUUUUUCAACCAGAUUUUCAAUCUCCUUCACAGAUAUAAAAUUUGGUACAGAGGUUAAAUCCACUCCACCGCCUCUCCCCAAGAAUCCUCCACGAGGAGGUGUGCCCAGAAAACCGAGAAGUUCCACCUGCAAGAAGACACCCACCUCUGAGAUCAAACCCGUAUUUCCUGGUUUUCAAACUAUUGAUGGUGCUAGCGACCAGACCAGUUUAUCUCCUGACCCAUCACUAGAGACUGACCUUGCUCCUGAUUUAACAAAAAAUAAUUGUCCUCAAUCAGUUAUUGCUGCCACUGCCACUCAAGACAAUUCUGACUCAUUAAAAGCAGCUGGUCCAAAAGUAGCCCCUAAACCACGUCCAAGAACUAGACUAAGUCUUCCUUUGGCAUCCAAAAGUGAACAAACAUUGCGUGACCAAAGCAAUAAUAAUAUUUCCAAAGAUUUAUCUAAUGAUAUAGGUGUCGAUCAAGCCACCAAUGAUAUUAAAAGUCAUAUUGAAGAUGAGUGUAAAACUCCCAGUAGGCAGCCAGUUGAGUUGGAUUACGUUGAAGUCUACCGAGGAGAUUCAGAGGACCGUGAUCUUACAGGGUCAGCACAAAGGCUUGAUAAUGACAUAAAUUCCAGGAUUACUGAUUUGAAGUAUUCAAAAAUAAAUUUUGGGAAAAGUGCAAUAUCUGAUUCUUCUUUAGAGAAGACAACUCCAUUAGAGCAAGAAGUAGAUGCAAAUAAAUGCAACUCUGAAACUUUUGACGUUGAUACAUCCAGUGUUUUAUGUGAGGCAAAAGACCGCGAAGGUCAAGAACCUGAAGCAACAUGUGGUAUGCUCAAAGAAAUAGAAGAAUUACUUAAAGCAAAGCUAGGAGAUUUAAAACUUGACCCAGGUGGUCAAGACGUUAAACAAACUGAUAGUAACCCAGAAACUUUGAGUAGAGAUUCCCCAUCCUCUAGUCCAGUUCGUCCCCCGAGACCGAAACGCCAAGCAAGUAUAUGUCGUCGUAAAAAUACAGGUAGCUUAGAGUCUCUCACCUCAUCAUUGGAUACAUCCAGCUCUGAGUGCAUCCACACUAGUGGCCUUAGCACUGGUGGAAAAAAAAUACCCCCCAAACCAAAGCGGACCUUUGUCAGUCGUGUCAACCGCAGCCAUUCUGAUGUGAGUGGCAUGAAACCAGGUUUGGGCGACACAGAAGACAAUAUUGCAACAGAUAUGAAUCAAAACACCCCAACUACUAAACCCUUUCUUCCUCCUCGCUUGGAUUCCUUGAAAAGAAGUGAAUCCUGCAGCUCAACAGUAACACCUCCACCAUUGCCGCCAAGAAAUAAGACCCAGAGUAUGAUCCAGAGUCCUGGUGGCAGCAGCGAAGGUCAGAGGCUUUCUGCUGCAGAUGCUGAGACCCCUGUGACCAGGAGGACGCACCUGUGGGACCAUGAGCACAAUUUGGAUAUGUCAGUGGUGUCUGGACAUUCGGGGACAUUGAGGUCGUCUAAAGUAAGGCCAAUGAGAAAAGCCCCACCGCCUCCUCCAGGGCCACCUAAACGAUCCUCAACUUUUUCUCCAGGAGAUGUCAAACUUCAGGAUAAUAAGGACAUCAGGUUUGUUAGCCAUUCUAUAGGAUAAAUACUUUUUAACACUUUGAUAGGGUUUGGGGACGACUUUAAUUAAAGUUUUAAUUCAUUCUUCAAUGCUUAAUUCAUUCUUUCAAUGCUCUUCUGCGGACUGGUGCUUGAGGCAACAACCAAGGAAUCCAACUUCUGUAUAUUUGCUAAUGCUGAAAGUGUCAGGUAUCUAUUUAGCACAUCCUUCUCUGUGUCAGGUCUCUCACCGUGAUUUCAUUGUUCCUGAGCUGUCAAUUCUGUGAUAGUGAGCUCACUGGCAUUUUGCAAAUAAAUGACUACUUCUCAACGAAAUACCACUGUCAAGUAGCUCCAAACCAAACUACACGUCUGUGGCCAAAAAAAAAUGUUUUAAAAAGAGAUAAAAAGACUCCUUUUUAGUUGACUUGCUAAUAUCAACAAGGCCUAUCUGAUUGCAAAUAAAAAUGUACACUCUGUGAUUCAUUUCUUUAUUAUAAUAAUUUCAAUACUUUAACAGGGAUUUAUAUCAUACUAACUUGUGUAACCAACAUAGAUACAAUCCUGAAACUUUCAUUAUGUAAAUAUUAGAAAUUAUCAAUUCAAUAGAAAAAUGUAUAUUAAAUAUAUCUUUGAUAAAGUAAAGUAUAGUUUUAUUUUAAAGCUGUUCAAUGCAUACCUAAUGACCAUCUUCAAAGUUGUUGAGACAAAUCAUAAUCUUCAGCUUAAAGCUGGUAAAGGAGACAAUAUUAAAAAAAUCACCUUUAAUGUUGAUAAAUGAGUCAAGAUGUUUUUGCUCCUUAGUUGCUGUUGUGGGCUGAAGUAAGAACAGUAGCCUGCUGUCACCCCUUUUUUUCACCUUGGACAUUAUUUCAUUGCACUCAUCUUUAGUAGCUCUUAAAUGUUUGAAAGUUGACACUUUCUCAAAGGUGUGCUUGAUUAUUUUGAUGUUAUCACCACUAUGCAUGUUUCGUGACAUUACCAUAUAUUUUGUCUUCGCUUCAUUUACCUCAAGACCAGCUUUAACUGAGGCAUCUUCAAGUUCCUUGAAUGCUUUAAUUAUAUCAUUGCUGUUUCAGCCAGUAGAGCUAUGUUGUCUGCAUAUGCCAGGUACUGCAAUGGUUGGCUAUAUAAAGUUCCUGAUGGUUGUGGUUCUGUAAUGCUUCUCUGGAAGUGGGUUGUGAUAGUUCCACUGGUGCUCAUGUUUGUUUCUCAUAACUUUUUCGAAUGUGCUGUUGAACAGGAUACAUGAUAGUGAGUCUCCUUGUCAGAGGCCCUGAUUAAUUUUUAACUUCCUCAAGCACUUUUCCUGUGCUUUAUUCUACUUUUGGAGUUAGCCAUCAUCAUAUGUAUAAGCUAUAGAGCAUCAUAAAGAUAUUUCCUGUCUUUGCUAUCAUAACCUGUUUUAUAGUCCACAUAUAGGUGGUGUAAGUUUAUGUUGUAUUCAUAGCAUUUCUCCAGAAGACAUAUGAUAAUGAAAAUUUGACCUGUGGUUGAUUUAUUCUGAUGAAUCCACAUUGAUAGUCCCCUAGGAUCUGUUCACUAUACCUAACCAGUUGUCUUGCUAUUGGUCUAGGGAGGAUUUUGUAAUUUACAUUUAGUGGAGGGACUCCUCUAUAAUUUGAGCAAUCCAGCUUGGAUCCUGUCUUGUGAAUUGGAAUUAUGAACACAGUACCUCAUUAUUUUGGAAUUUCUUCCUCCUGCCAGAUUCUGGAUUUGAGGUUGUGCAUUUGCCUAUUCAGUUUGUUUAUGCCUAGUUUUAUCAGUUCUGCAGUGAUAAGGUCUAUUCCUGGGGGUUUGUUAUUUUUCAUGGUAAAGAUCACAUCCUUUGAUUCAUUCAGUGUUGGUUGGCCGACCUUUGUGUCAGUUCCUCAUUGUGGUAGAUCGUAAUCCUCAUUGGCUUAUCAUUGUGAGCCAUUUAGCAACCCUUGAUGCCUCAUCAAAGAUAGCAAGGGACUGUGCAGUCUAAAUAACAAUAUAAUAUCAAUGUUGCUAUGUGUUUGCAAGUAAAAAUGACUUAUCUUAAGCUGAUGGAAGACAUUGUAUUUUUUCAGGGCAGCAUUGAGCUGAGAAUGUGGACAUUUUUUAUACUUUUGUCAGUGAAAUGAAACAUGCUUUUUAAAAACAUUAUUAAUAAUGACCAUAAUUUUUGUGUUUUCCAAAAACAUGUUUGAUAAAUUAAAUGUUCUUAAUCACAGAGAAAAGGAAACAUCAUCAGGAAGACGAUUUAGUAUACCUGAUGAUCACGACUAUCAUGAGAUAUCAGAUCACCUCAGGGUCAAAAGGGAAGGUUUGUAUCUUAAUUGUCACCAGUAAAACAAUUUAAUUCGCUUAGCAUAUUAAAAUAAAGCAGUGAUGCUGUAAUGUCCUAUUUUGUCAAAAAAAAAUUUUUUUUUUGUCAUGUAGAGUAGUUAACUGCAUUGAAAUCUUUACAUCUUAAUAACAAACAAGCAGAUCAUGAAGUUCAUUUUUACAUGUAUAUUCGAUCCUCUAUUUAGAAGGAAGUCCACCCCCAGAGCUUCCUCCUAGAGUUUCCACGUUUCAGUCUCCAGAAGUAUCUAGUCCUGAUGUGGCCAGACAUGAAAAAUCACCAUCUCCUGAAGGAGGUAGGAUUGUAUUAGCCAAAAGACUCAGUCCAGAGGAUCAGCGACUCAGAGAAAAACGGGCAAAAACUGCCUUGAUACAAAAGGUCGCCCAGGGCCUGGGCUUGAGUAAAACAUCUAAGAAAAUUAAAACGGCGGAGAUUAACCCACCCGACACAGUGAGCUUUAACAGGAACGAUCAUGCCCGAGGAUCUUCUGGGACCAUUGACUUGAUGUCUAGAGAGUCUGUGAUACCUGAGAUCUCGGCGGUACCAGAGGUCACCAUCCAAGAUGAUACUGAUAGCAUUCCAUCCACUGACCAAACCAAAGGUGACAGUGGAAACAAUUCUGUCCAGGCUCUCACAUCGGGCUCCACCAGCUCUUCGGAUCGCCCACCAUCCACGGUCAGUCAGCACAGUUCCAACAGCGAGGUUGAUGGAGAGCUGCAAGUGUUUGGAUCACAGAACUUGGAGGAAAUGCUGACUUCAGGAAGUGAAUCUGAGCCUGAACCAGAGCCUGAUAAGGAAGAAAUUUAUGUAAGCUUCUAUUCUGAAUGCCUAUUUGUACUAUCAGAUUGUAAGUUUCUAUUCUGAAUCCUAGUAUGUACUAUCAGAUUGUAAGUUUCUAUUCUGAAUCCAGGGUCUGUACAAUCAGAUUGUAAGUUUCUAUUCUGAAUCCUAGUCUGCACUAUCAGGUUGUAAGUUUCUAUUCUGAAUCCAGGGUCUGUACAAUCAGAUUGUAAGUUUCUAUUCUGAAUCCUAGUCUGCACUAUCAGAUUUUAAGUUUCUAUUCUGAAUCCAGGGUCUGUACAAUCAGAUUGUAAGUUUCUUUUCUGAAUCCUAGUCUGUACUAUCAGAUUGUAAGUUUCUAUUCUGAAUCCAGGGUCUGUACAAUCAGAUUGUAAGUUUCUAUUCUGAAUCCAGGGUCUGUACAAUCUUAUUGUAAGUUUCUAUUCUGAAUCCUAGUCUGCACUAUCAGAUUGUAAGUUUCUAUUCUGAAUCCAGGGUCUGUACAAUCAGAUUGUAAGUUUCUAUUCUGAAUCCAGGGUCUGUACAAUGAGAUUAUUGGGUUACAUUGUAAUUGUGAAUGUCAUAGAAAUAUGUUUUCUUUUUAAAAAAUAUUCCAAAAUGCUAUUUAAUUUUAUCAGAUUAUGUUGUGUCCUCUAAAAGUAAUCAAUGUAGAUAGAUAGCGCAUUGAGGAAUUCUUGAAAAGUGUCCAGUUGCUUAAUUAAUUACUAAGAUUGACACAGUAUUCAUUUAUUUAGGAUUAGAAACUAAAAGCAAGGAAAUUAAACAACUACUGGAGAGUGUUUUUUUUUUUUUGGUUUUUUUUUUAUUACAGGCCCAGAGGAAAGCAAAGAAAGUGUUUUUUAUAGCCAGAGAAAUCAUGUCAUCAGAGAGUACUUUUGUGGAUGUUCUCAAGCUACUCAACUUGGUCAGUUUUAGAUGUGCUGUUUCAAAUCCUUGUACAGUAUCAGUGGGUUCAUGUUUUUAUUCAUCUUACAUCAUUUUGUUUCAACUGCCUAGCAAGUACCAGCCCUAGUUGUAAUGAAGUUGAACAUUUAAAUCUUUCUCCUGGUUGUGAUUUUACUUUUUUAAAAUUUGAUCAUCUCUGACCUACUUUCAAGUUAGCACAGAUUUACUAAUGCUGAUAAAAGGGGGCAACUCAUGACUUAUUUCCAAGUGGCUGUUAUUGCACUGAUGACUAAUUUUGUAAUUCUUUGUCUACAAUUUCUCUGAAACAACAUAGGACUUUCGAGUGCACAUUUCUAACGCUACAGAAAAAUUGGGUCAGCCCGUAAUUCCAUCAGAAACUCUCAACAAAAUCCUGGACUUCUUGCCUCAGCUUCAAAAUUUCAAUGAAGAAUUACUUAAGGACUUCAAAGAGUGUAUUGAAAACUGGUUUGUAUCCUUUUAUAUAUAUAUAUAGCUCUUUGCUGUAUCUAUCAUUUAUGUAGCAUCCUAAUCCAUUGUUAAGUGUAUUUAUCUGUGAAGCAAUGACUGUCGGUAAGAUGUCUUAAAGCAUUGGUCGGCAAAUCGCAUCUCACUAGCCGCAUGGAGCUCUUUAACGACCUGAGUGUGGCUCGACCAGUCGGCCACAAAACUGUUUUGAUUCCGAAAAACAUGUUCCUGGCAGGUUCUUGAAAAGAAAUUUGGCUUUCAACAAAAUUUUAAUCGUCCUACUAAUUUUUCUCUUUUUUAACUAAUGAUUUUUCCGACCACUGCCAUAAAGUGAUAUUAAAUAGCUCCCAAAAAAAUAAGGAGAAAUAAUUUAGUUUUAACUCUUUCCGUGCCAAUCCACGAUAUAUCGCCGAUUUGACUGGUCGCGUUUGUCCCAACCCAUGAUAUAACGUCGAAAUAAUUUCUGUUGUUUAUUUCGUUGCCUGCAGCUAUUAAUCCGACUUUUUAUUUUCUUAAACAAACAAAUCUUCCUACUUCCUUUUUGUAAGAAUUAGUGUUUGUUUACAUGUGUUUUUCUAAAAGCUUCGAUCUUUUUUUUUUUUCGAUUUGUGUUGAAACUUUUGAAGACAAAACAAUGGCCACGUAGACUCCAAGCACAUCAGCUGUUGCUAGACCACGGAGGUAGUCAAGUUUGCAAACAAAAAAAGCUUUUGUUGCAAAUUACUGAUUCUGAAAAAUCGGAUAAUAACCAUGAAUCAUUUGAAUCUGAUUCCAGUGAUGAUUUUCAGCUUUCUGAUGGGUCGGUAAAUGCCAAAUGGAAAUGGUCAUUAAAUGUCGAUAGUGAUAGUAGUAGUGGUGGCUGUCAGCACUUUGGCCAAAAAAAAAUUUAAUUUUUUAAAAUAUAAAAUUACAACAUCUGUAUAGAGCCUAGAGAAUGGAUUACACAAAAAAACAAGAUCAACUUUCUAGCUCAAGUGGUUCAAAAGUUAUAAAUUUUGUCAAAACCACUUUUUUUUACUAAGGCCACAGUUUCAGUGAGGAUUCAGAUCAUACUAAUCCAGUGCCAGCAAAGAGAAGUCCAAAAUUAGGCAGAAAAGAUGCAAGAACAACAGUGAAAAUAAGCAUCUGGUUGACUAUGAUGGGCAUGAUUGACAGUGUGCAUACUGUUCAAUGCACAAAAUAAACAAACUCUACUGCUAUGUGUGCAGCCCUCGUCUGCGUGUGAAGGAGUGCUUCAGAAGGGAACAAACAGAAAGAAAUUUUUACCAAAGUAAAAUAUUUUGUAAAUAUUUCGAUUGACAUUUGUGUAUAUAUACAUUGCAAAGAAACUGUUUUCUUCACUUGACAUUAAUGUUACAAAAAUGUGUGUAACUCGGUCACUAAGUGGAAUAUUUUCAAAAUGUAAAAUGCAUUCUGAUCAAAAAUGGAUAUAUUUUCUGAUGAUUGAAGCCACACAAAACAUUUUUUUUUUAUUCAUCUCAGAAUAUUACUAAUAAAAAUUAAAGUCAUAUUUUCUUAUUGUUUCAUUUUUUACAUAGUAUUUUCUGUUCAAUUUCCUUUAAUUUGAUAUGAAAUACAGCUAUCUUGCUAAAAUUGGUAGCCCCAAAAUUCAUUACUGGUAAUUGAUAAGAGCACUCUAAAAUAUUUCUAUUGAAAACCGGUCUGGCACAAACAUGGAAAAAAACCCUUACAUGGAAAGAGUUAAAACACAUUAUGCUGUGCCUUUUACAAGUUACCUGCAGAGAUAAAUAACACAUUGAGAAUUUCUUGAAAAGUGCAAUUUACUAGGAUGUGAAGUUUCUUUAUUAAAAACUAUGAUAUCUAUCAUUUAUUUUCAUUAUAAUCUAUUGUAAAAUGUAUUUGUCUGUGACGCCACGUCUCUAGGCAAUGUAAUGACAUAGCUCUAUUAACUCUUUUCAUUUCUCUUAUAGAAAAAGCGUAAAUUUAUUGGCACAGGUAAAAUUGAUUUAAUCAUACCACGGGAAGAAAAAUAAAAGGAUAAUAAUAAUUUCAGUCUAUUUUGCAAGUCUGAGAAUAAAGUGACAUGCCGUAGUGAGAGUUGUCAUAUUAGGGACAUUUUUGUUAGACACAAAUGGAUUAUGCAAUGCUAUUGCUAUAAAAAAUGAAUAUUAUCAGUGAAAAUAUUGAUCAAUUGCUAUCUGAAUCUUCUGAGGAAGAUAAUUGAGAACCAGAUUCAAGUGAUUCUUCUGAGAAACUGUGCAAUGUGAAUUUGUUAUCUGACUUUAUCAGAAGAAAACAAAAAAAACAAAGUGAUUUGAUAUACCAUUGAUAAUAGAUAAUGAAAUUUUAACUGUUCAGGGGAGAUAUAAUAAAGCAGCCUCUCUUAUUUUAAAUUAUGUUACAGCAAAUGAAUUUUCUUAUGUCAACAGUAGAACAAAAACUAAUGGUAUAGACAACCAAAUAUUUUUAAAUCAUACAAUCAUUCAUAUUGACCAGUUGGUAAAUAAACAUAUAACCCUAAGGAAAACAAAAUAGCACUGGAUAACCUCUUUUUUCCAUUUUGUUGAUAUUGUCAGCUAUCAUCUCUUCAGGAGUGUUGCAAAGAAAAUCCUGACAGCUGAACUAAAGCUACCUGAUCCCUAGCUCCAAAUUGAUUUCACAGAGGAACUUAUCCGAGCAUUAGGUGGAUUACUGAAACUGAUAAUGUUCCAAGUGCAUCAAAUUUAAAUAACACAAAAUACAAUAGAAUAUAUCUAAUAGUCCAUGAAUACACAGAUUUUAAGUGUUCUAUAAAUUGGAAAUGCAAAAAAUGUUUUAAAAUCCACAAUCAAAAGUAGCACAUGUGACACUUACCUUUGUUCUAAAAAGACAAGAAACUGUCUAAAUGAAUACCAAAAAAGUUUCAAUUGUCUACUGAUAUGUUUUGUUGUGUGUAAAUAAUUUUAAACAGGUACAAUAUUACUAAUCCGUAUUUUUUGUGGAAGAAUGUUGAAUUUUUAUUUUCUUUAUGAUUUCCCUUUUUUUGACACACAUUACAAAGCCUUGUAUAUUUUCUUUCUUAAUAAACAGAUUUUAUAAACAAAAUUCGAGGCAGGCUGGUUUAUUUUAUUUCUCUGCAUCUGAUCACCAAAACAAUUUAUUAGACAAUUUUAUUUUAAAAAAUGAUGCAUUAUUUUUCUCAUAACUUCUAAGUGUUGAACUUAUGUAGAAACAAGCAUGUAUGGAAGUAUCAUGCAUUUCCCUACACAUCUAUGUAUAGCAGCAUGAGCUUUAGACAAGGAUUUUAAAAAUAAGUGACUCUUUUGUAAAUUGCUAGAAAAAUCAAGAAAAAGAAUGAAAUAUUCAAGGAAUGUAAAUAGUUAAAUAGCUCUCAAACUAAUGAGGAAUAAUAUAGAUUUAAAACACAUUGUUUUUAAAUGGCUUGACAGAUUUAAAUCGUAGAUAAAGUCUGUGAUCUAUCAUGAAAAUCACGAAGCCACCGCAUACUCUUCAGAGCAAGUAAAUCGUGAAACCCCAGUUUCAUCAACACACUGUCACAAUAAAAGUGUAUCAAAUAUCUUUUCAGGGAUGUCAAACCCAGGAUUUCUGAUGUCUUUGUGAGGAAAGGACCGUUUUUAAAGCUUUAUUCCUCAUACAUCAGCAACUUUGAAAAUGCCACUGGUAUGCUAGAGAAUGCAACUAAGAAACAUCCUGCAUUCGCAGCUGCUCUGAAAGAGUUUGAGGUAACUAGCUCUAAUCAAGGACUUAUUGCAGACAGGCUAAUAUUAAUGAUGUUAUUCUUGCAGUAGAUUCAGAUAGAAAAAAAAAGAAAAGUUAUGAACAAUACAUGUUAACUGGCAUAUAGUGUAAAGUGCUUUUAAUUAGUAACCAGAUAAAGAUCUAACAAAUCUCAAAAUAUCUUUUUGUAGCUGCUGCUUUUGUAGAGUCUUUUAGUGAAAUGUUUUAUGUGUAUGUAUUCAUAUGUUAACCAGAUAAAAAAUUUAACUCUUGUUCUAUGUACUUGACAAUCCCUAAUCCUGGAAUAAUCAUACUAUAGAUGAGAAGUACAAACAGUUCCAGAAUCUUUUAUUUAAGCAGUUGAAUAAGCCAAUAGAUUUUUAGCAAGUUUAAAGGAUGGCAGCAACGUUAAGUAAAGCUUAAUUUUCUGAUAAUUUUAGCACCAGUAUUCAUGUUUGUAAUAUAAACAAAGUAUUUUUUUCUCAAUUAAUUAGUUGAGUAUUUAGCAUGAUGAUAAGAAUUUUUUAAUGAAAAUAAUUCAAUUAUUUUCAUUUUUUUUUUUUUUUUUUUUUUUUUUUUUGGUUUUUUUUUUUUUUUUUUUUUUUUUUUUUUCAUUUUUUUGGGUUUUUUUUAGUACAGAGCACAAUCAAAGCAGCUUGUUCUCUGCACUAAAAAAAAAUGGAUUGUGCCUCAUACAGUCUAUGGUCGAACUUUUCCCCUAGCUUUUUAAAAUGGGUAGCCGGCAUUUAGGUUGAGAUAUAUUUUAAAAAAACCAAUGUUGUUUUAAUCUAUACCAACAGUAGCACAUUUCAACAGGGUUACUUUGAUUAAUUCACCCAACAUGUUUCUUCCACAGAUGAGUUCCAGGUGUGCAAGUCUGGCCUUGAAACAUUACAUGCUGAAACCUAUACAGAGGAUUCCACAAUACAAGCUCUUACUUCAAGGUGAAAAACAUGAAACUAUAAUACUGAACACACUAUCCUAUCUCUUUCUUUACCUUCUAUAGUAUAAGCUCUAUUUGAAAUAUAGGAUAUUUGUAUCUUAGACCUGAGGCACUAAAUCACCAAAAAAUGAUUUGUUAGGAAUUAAAAGAAAUAAGGAAUGCUCAUUAUUGUAAACUAUUAGACACUUAAACAGUAUAUUUAAUUUCUACCAUUUCCUAGAAACGGCAAUAUCAUCAAAGCACAAUAUCAAGCUAUCAAAUGAAUGGCUAGAUCAGUGGUUCUUAACCUGGGUUCGAUCAAACCCAGGGGUUCGGUGAGUCAGUCUCAGGGGUUCGACAGAGGUCCCCCAAAAAAAUGAGAAAAAAAAAUCAUAUUUUAUUUUUCCUAUUAAGAAGGGUUCGGUGAAUGCGCCUAUGAAACUGGUGGGGUUCAGUACCUCCGAAAAGGUUAAGAACCACUUGGCUAGAUCAAAUUAAGUCCCCCCAGAGUCCAAGAAAGCUCAUCUUUACUAAUACCUUUACAUGAAAACAAUCCCACAAAGAAACAGCAAUGGUUAAAUUAUGGCCCAUGGCUCCAGUUAAAGAGCCUACAUUUAGAACUUAUGACACAGGUGUUGGUGAAUUUGCCAUAAGCAUAUGACACUAAAAGUACUCGUGCUAGAGAUAACAUUGAAAAGUUGUCAAAUAUAAUGUUUCCUAAUCAAGACGUAAGUGCACAAAAAUAAUUUAAUAUAAGAUCAAGGUACUUUGAAAUGUUACUUAACAGAAUUAUUUGUUCCCAGACUACCUAAAAAACUUGAGCCCAGCUUCCCCUGAUUACAAGGAUACUCUCAGUAAGUAGGCUUCUUACUUAACCCUUCUUUUAAGAUCUUAUUUUGUUUUCAUUGCAUCUUAAAUGUUGCAUUAAAUUCAAUUGCUUUUUCCCAGUCUUUGACUUUAUAUGAAUGUAAGAUUUAUGGGAAAGUACGUCAGAAAUGUUGGAUUUAAAAGAAAAAUAUUAUUUCAGUCAUUUUGAUGGAGCAUUCUUAAAAUUUACAUAACUUCAUUAAAUCUGUCUUGUAACUCACUUAUGCUAUCAACAAUUGUUUCACAGCUGCCCUUGAUAUUGUGAGUAAAGUGGCUGACCAUGCAAAUGAGAGUAUGAGACAUGGGGUAAGUUAUUUAGAGUGGGGUUAAUUCUUUAUACUUGUCUUGGCAAACCUGGGUUUAUAAACAAUCUUUAAUUUUUCUCUUGGCAAACCUGGGUUUGUAAAGAAUCUUUCAUUUUUCUCUUGGCAAAUCUGGAAAUCAAUAGAGAAAAGGUGCUCUCAGGUGCUUUUCAAAUUUAUAACUCAGUAUCAAAGUGAUGAGGCUCACCGUUGCAUUCUUUAAAUCAAUUGCAUUAUAGCUCUAAUUAUAAAGAAGAAGAAAUCAGUAAGUAGUAUGUUAUUUUUUUUUUUCUUUCAGGAUAAUGUGCAAAAGCUGUUGGAGAUUCAGAGAUCUUUGAUUGGUCAGUUUGAGGUCAUCCAGCCCGGCAGGGUAAAUAAAAAUAAGUGUAAAAUAUUAAUUGCCUUUAAAUUUAAAAGACUGCUUGAAUAUCGCCGUCUUAUUUAGAUAAUAAUUUGAUGCAUGUCUAUGUAUGUUGCUUUCAAUCAUAUAUGUGAAAAACAAGGAGUUAUAAUAGAAAUGACAACCAUCCGAUGUCAUUUAGCCCAAUCAGGGCGUAAGUAAGUCAAUUCCAAACUAUAAGUGUUUCGCUGCUUUUUUUACAAUUGCGUGUUGCAGACCAAAAAAUAUCACCAUAAUAACAUUGUCCUUUCUCUACUUUGUCAUGGCCAGAUACUGAUAAAGAAGGGAGAGCUUCAAAAGGUUUCCAGAAAGGAAAUGCAACCCAGAAUGUUUAUCUUGGUAAGUGGUGAAACUAAAGAAUCCACACUUUGUAAGAAUUGUAAGAAUGUUGUAUUCAUUUUGUACAAUCUUUUUUAAUAGGACAUUUUAUUAUAUCCUUUCAUCAGUGUAAGAAUGCUUUAUUCCCUUUUUACAAUGUAGAUAUUAUGAAAUUUAAUUACAUCCAUUUGUUCAGUGUAGUUGUUUAGAAAAUUUCUAAAACUGUUAAAAAUUGUCGACCUUUUGUAUUGAAAUGUUAUGUUUUUAAUCAUUGCUCCAAUAUUCUUUAAUGAAUUUCAUAUGUUGUUUGUGUUAACGCCAAUAUAGUUUAACAAAUUUCAUAUGUUUAUUGUGAUGCCAAUAUAGUUUAAUGAAUGUUAUAUCUUAUUUUGAUAUUAUCACCGAUACAGUUCAACGAUGUGCUUCUGUACACAACACCAACUGCAACUGGUUACAAGAUCAACAACAUUUUACCAUUGAUUGGAAUGAAGGUGAGUACUAUUCACUUUAAAAACUUGUGCAUGUCUGUUAAUGAGAAUAACUUAUUAUGGCGGCAGUCCUCAAAUGUCACCCAGUAUGAAACCUCUGAUUAAUAUAUAUUUAGUAUGCAUUGUAUACACAAAUCGGAGAUGCACACUGAUUGUGAUUGAACGGGGAAAAUGACCAUUUUCCUUAAACAUGGUUUCAGAUCGACAUUUAUCUUCAUUGUUUGGGUUUUUUUUACCCGCUCCUGCUUAGUUUCCAACAUGGCCUGUUUCAAUUUUCCUACCACCACCCACCACCUGCCUAAAUCUUAAUCUAAUGCCUUCUUAUGUAGCAUGCUCAUUCAGGGCGCAUAGCAACCUAAAUACUUGUGACUCUUUUAAAUUUAUUAGUGAUCUAGCCAGACGCUCUUCUUUAUAAGGAGAAAUAUGAUGAUUUUAUCCUUUUUUGGUUACCAAGUUGCGAACAUUAAUAAGUUAAGCAUGGCUUUCUAAGUUGUUUAUUAGCACCAAUUAAAAAAACACUAUAGAAACAAACAUAUUUAUUGUCUAUUGAAACUCCAGACACGUAAGAUAGUGCUAGUAAUUUGUUUCACUGAAGAUAGUGCUAGUAAUGGGUGAUGUCAACUCUGUGACCAUGACAACAGCAGUGAGCAUGGGGAAAUAGACCGAUAUUUAAUUCGGGACAUCAUAAUUUUAAGUUCAGUCUAUAAAAAUAUAAUUUUGUUAUAAAAUUUUAACAGAAGGAUGGUCACAGCUAAAAAGUGGCAAAAAUUAUGUAUUUGCAUCACAGAACAGGAGAGAAGCAAUAGUCAUAGACAGUGCUAUCAGGCUGGGAGAGAAGUAGAAAGAUGCCUGUCAUCUGGCAUAGGAAAUUAAGGUUUAUUGGAGACAUCAAUUGAACAGAAUCUGUUAAGUGGUACAAUACAAAAUAAUGAAACAAAAAAUGUAUAUUUUACUAUUCCUUGAACUGGGAAUAGCUUUGCGUGGCAAUUCCUAGUAUGUUGGUGAAAAAUACAAUGGACAUUUUCUAGGCGUCAGAGUUGUUGUCUCAUUGGGAUCCAAUUCAAAAUGAACAUGUGUAGCAAGUUAGAGAGUCACAAGAAAAGGGAGAACAACUUCAAGUACAUCAUCUCAGUGCAGAUUACCAAUACGAGUUAAAUUGCUGAAUGUUCCUCACUUGUAAAGCAACACAUUUUGGAGGACAGGAAAACUGCAGAGUACUUUGUUUUUAUUGUUGAUUCCACACUGAUGUAAUACCAUAUGAAAACCAGUAUGAAAUUUUAGUUUGUGGACACAAGCCUUAAAACGGUAAAGCAGCACAGAUGUUAGUAGAAACAUUGACAAAAACGCAAUGUCGGAUUGUUGUGCACAUGGAUAUGACAAUGCAGCCAACACACCAGGAAAAUAUAAAGGUGCACAAGCAAGAAUACUUGAGAAAUGUCAAACAGCUUUAUUUUCAACACAAUUAAUUUGUGUGGCAAGGAUGCCACAGAAUUAUUUCUGAAGCAGUAAAAUAGUUUGGAAUUGUGCAAACUGUUUACAACUUGUUUAGAUCUUGUCCACAGCAUGUCUAACACAAAAUGGUCAGACCAUGUUGAAAGUAUAAAAGCCCACCUGCCAGGCAUCAAAUUAGCAUUAGAAAACCUCUUGGAGUUGAACCUAAAUGACAAAACAAGAACAGAGAUAAAUGGAGUUUUGUCUUAUGUCACAUCUUUUAUUUGUUUGAUAAUUUUUUUUUAGUAUGGUACAGAAUAUUAGUUCCAUUUGACAUCUGUAACAAGGUUAUUCAGUCCAGAAAUGCAAUGCUGGAUGUUGAAGUGAUCAACUGAAAAUCUUAAUUUCAGAACUGAAAAAUCUUCAGAAAGCUGGAAAAGUAUGUGGAGCAAAGCUGAUCAUGUUGCUUCUUCUUCUAAUUUGUGCAUAGGAAUGAAACUCUAUUGAACUCGUGGUGAAGCAAAAGAAAGAGGUUCCAUGAUGAAGGUGCUAGAGAAGAAGCAGAUUUGUCUAAGCAAGAUGAAAUGGAUGAAUCUCCUGAGGAAGCAUAUUUAAGAAAGUCUGUCAUCUAUGUAAUAUUGGAUAAUGUAAUUGGUGGACUCGCUGUUCAUUUCAAUGAUGCAGUGAAAAUUUCUAAAAAAGUUCAGUUUCCUCUGAACUGAAAGGAAAAUAAAAAUUACUGGCUGAUCAAUAUCCUGCUGAUGUCAGUAAAGAUCUUGUAAUGAAGAUGAGUCAUUUGCCAUCUGUUCAUAUAGCAAAUUUUGGAGAGGGCCAACUGAGUCCAAUGAAGCUACUGAAUUGCUGGAAAAGAUGCCAGGUAGAAGGACUCUUUCCAAAUAUAUGUGUCUACUUCCAUAUUCUGUUAACAAUUCCUGCCACUGUCUCCACUGCAUAAAGCUCAUUCAGAAAACUAAAGCUGAUAAAAAUGAUCUAAGAUUGACUAUGUCAUGGGGGAACUGGUAGAUUUAGCAAGACUCUGUACUGAGUCUGACUUGCAAAAACAUUGAUUUUUAUGAUAUUAUUCACAGCGUUGCCAAGAAAAAGACAAGGAAAGCAUCUUUGUUAUGCAGAAUAUAAAUUUCAUUAAAUCUCACUGUAAUAACUGUAAUGAGUUUGUAAUCAAUCUAGUAUUAAAUUCAUUGCUCAUGUAUAUUGUUUCAUUAUUAUUUAUAUACUUAUGUAUAUUAUUGUUUCUAUUAUCUUUUACAAAAGUACCUGUCCUCUUUAUAAAAAUAUUUGCAGGUAUGUUAUAAUUUAAUAAAUAGAUUAUUACAUUAUUGAUGUGUGUGUAGGUGAUGGCGGCCCAUUUUUAGUCUUGUUCCAGCACUUAAUAAUCCUCUCGAUGGCCCUGAUAUUAACAAUUACUUUUUAACAUAUCAAUUCACCUUUGACCUCUCACCUCAUUUUGCAGGUCACCUCACCCAAACUUGAAGAUUAUAAAUAUGAAUUCAGCAUAAUAGGAGUCCAAAGGUCAUUUACUCUCUGUACCAGGUCAGCUGUUAAAUUAUUGUUUAAAUAUUUUGCUACAAUGUUUUUUUUAAAAAUCUAAUUCUCACUAAAAACUAAUGGUUAAAAUUCUUCCUCACACAAUACAAGACUAAUGUAAGGGAAAAUAUUGAGUUGCAGUGGUAAAGCAAAUUAUUAUUAAAUAAGAUCAGAUCUUGGAUCCACCUUGUCUCAAGUUACUCAAUACUUUAAAAAUAGCAGAAAAGCAAUCAAUUUUACCAUUUCAGCCAAAGUAUUUGUGAACCUUUAACAACACACUGGUUGAAAAAUGCAACUGCAUGGGCUUGCUUUUUUUUUUCCCCAGCACACCUAAAGAGAAGGAGGAGUGGGUCAAGGCACUGCAGUUGGCUAUAGAGACCAAUGCCAAGAAGCAGCACACAUUUGAGGCUGUCAAACAAGGACAGGUAUGUGAUGUGAGGGCACUAGAAAUAAGAGCAGUCAGAGAACAGAUCAUAUUGAAAUUCUGCUGGUCCGAGGCAGUUCCUUACACCACCUAACAACACAGCCAUUGAAAGAAACUUUCACAUAUUUUUUAUACUUUAUACUAUUGAUUUAUUCAAAAUCUAGUCAUCUUUGUCUAGUUAAAACUUUGGGAACCUUUGAAUUAGUAGGCUCGGCUCUCUAUUAAUAAAAUACAAUAAAAUUAGGUUUAAUUUUUUGGUAAUCAUUCCAAAGAGCUAUGCAGUCCAUUUUUUAAGUUUUUAUAACACUUUCAUAAAAAUUGAACUUGAAACAGGAUUCACUAUUAGACAAGAACUUUAUCCUGGGCACCAAAGCCCCACUGUGGGUUCCAGACUCGAGGGUGACGAUGUGUACGCUUUGUCUUGUGGAAUUCACAUUGACAUGGAGGAGGCACCACUGCAGAUCAUGUGGACGGGUAAAAAUCUUGAUGCAUGGUGGAGGAGGACAUUAAUGAAAUGCCACUUGGUUGAUAAUGAUUAAUGAAGUGAUGAUAAAAGUGAAUGUUUAUUAUUUUGGUUCCAUUAAUUAUGUAAUGGUAGUGCUUGUCAAGCUUUAAAAAAAAAAGUGUAAUAAUUACUAUCAGUUACGUGAUGUGUUGUCAGGAAAUGUGAACAGAAAAAUGACUACUAUUCAUUAUUUUCCCACAUCUCUACUCUUCUUCCUGUCCAGUUUUACGGGUGUUAGUUCCAGUCCCCACCAUAUCUCUUAAACACUUUUAAGAAUGUCCUUAUAACAGUUACAACGGCAUACUACAAAUGUUGAACCAGUGAACUGUUUGUUUCUCCAACUGCAGAUAAUCUGCUCCCAAUGCUCUGACAAUAAAGCCCCCUUAAGAUAUCUCCAGAACAAACCAGCCAGAGUCUGUGACCAGUGCUUUGAAACACUUAAACAAGGUAAGCUUUUAGUAAUACAGUAGUAAAAAAAAUAUGUGAGUUUGUUACAUUUCAUUACAUUAACCAUGACAGAGUAAGAAUGUCAGGAAAAUAUUUUGUUUCUGUGGUAAGAAAGUAAAAUUAUAAUUUGAUCCUCACAUUAUACUGAUAUUAAUAAAAUUUGGGAGGCAGAAAUAAAAUCCCAAAUUUCCAACUUAAAAAACAAAAGGCUGUAGAAGUAACGAGAGUUGGAUGUAUGUAUUUCUAUGAGAGUUUGAGGAAUGUAUUUCUAUGAGAGUUUCAUGCAUAUGUUCCUAUGAGCCUUUUUUUAAUGUAUUUCUAUAAGAGUUUGAUGAAUGUGUUACAACGAGACUUUGAUGAAUGUAUUUCUAUGAGAAUUUGAUAAAUAUGUUACUAUGAGACUUUGAUGAAUGUACUUGUAUGAGAGUUUGAUCAAUGUAUUUUUAUUUAUUUCCCCAGAGCUGAAAAAAGAGCUGGAAGAAACUGCGAGGAAGCCAUCCAGUUCCUCAUCCCAAACAUCAGAUGACCCGACAUCCCCAAAAGGCACCCCUCAAGAGUUGUCAGAUGGGGCUACAGUGGAUGAUGGUGGCAGCAUCAGCAACCUCUUGUCCAUGUUUCAGAAAAUUAGGAUCAACAAAACAAAGCCUAAUGUACAAAGCCGCCCAUCUGUUCUAAAGGAGGUUUGUGCUAAAGAUGUUUGGGUUUUUUUUAAUGCUAGAAAAGAAAAUGUACCAAUUUCUUAAAGUGUUGUUUUUUUUUUAAAGUGGGCUCCAUUAAGUUGAAGUUUUGUUUUACUAUUCAUUAUUAUUUAAUUUUUUACAAUGAAAUAGUCUUUGUUCUUGAUUGCUUAUCUGUCAUAACAUCACUUAAUUUUGUCUAUUGGAGCAGACCUGUUUACUCUUACGAUUUUGGCGUACAAUGUAUGAUAAUGAUAUCUUUUACAAUUGUAUGCCAAGACCCGACAGAACUACUAUUUUAAGAGAUUCGCUUGAAAAUGCAUACAUUCCCUUAGUUUUUGUUUCCGAUAAAAAAUGAAGAAGUACAUUUUUGGUUGUUAGUUUUAACUUGCCUUUGCAUUCUUCAUCCAGCAGUGAAUGGAUCAAGAAAUAGGAUUGUUUGGGGACCAUCUAUAAUUAUAUUUACGUUUGCCCUGAGAGGGGAAUGGCGUGGUUUUGAUUUAGCAGAUUUGGGGGGGGGUCUAAAUAUUUAAGUCCAUAAAAUAAACACCACCACAUUUUCGUAAUAAUUAUUGUGAUGGUCAUAUUGAUGAUAUUGAUGCCUUGUGUUUUCAUAAUGAACUCUUAGACGCAGUAAUAUUAAUGUAGUCACCCUAGUGACAAUUUUAUUAUAAUAAUCCAUAUAGUACCUACACAGUGUGGGGGGAGGGGGGGUCAAUUUUUUUAGGUUAUGCGUAUGAGUGCGUGGGGAGGUGGGGUCCUUGGCAGAAAGAAUGUUAGCUAUUAAAAAAUUCUACAAUAUUUGUCCUGAAAGUAAAAAAAUAGCAUAUUUAUAUCUCAAAUGCUGUAAAAAUACCACGCAAUGUUUUGUAGGAAUUAUCUUCAUAAUGUUGCCAAGUAUUUUCACAAAUGAAAUUGCUUGAUAUUGCUCAGAUGGUAGUAAGUAGUAGAGGUAUUGCAGUAAUAUUUAGUCCACUGGAUACCCAACAUGCAUGUAACGUUUAUUUCAUUGGGCUACGCCAGUGCUUCUAGCUUCUAAAUUUUUCGCUUCCCGGGUCUUUUGCCAAUUUUAAUUUUUACACCAGACUCCCUGUGUUAAAUUACUUAAAUUCUAACCAAAAAACAACACUUAAAUAGCUAUUACAGAAAAAAAAUAAAAGAAAGGUUUGUGUAAAAAUAAAUAUAACACAUAUGUAAAUCACUAAGCGCCCGUAUAGUAGCUGCUAAAAGUAGUUACUCUAUUGGGUUAUUGGGGGAGUGGGUUAGAGAAUUUGACUUUUUUUGCAUACGUACUAUACAGAUAAGGCCACCAGUGCAGUCUUCCUCAACAACAACAUCCUAGAAUGGUUCAAGACCAUGGUUGGAGUACGACAAGGCUGCCUGCUCUCCCCCACCCUGUUCAACAUCUUCCUAGAGAGAAUUAUGUCAGAUGCUCUGGAAGCGCAUGGAGGGACAGCGGGCAUUAGUGGCAGAACAAUCACCAACCUACGCUUUGCAAACGUCAUAGACGGACUGGCUGGGAACGAAGAAGAGCUAGCCAACCUGGUAAAACGUCUCGAUAAGACCUCGUCGUCCUAUGGCAUGCUAAUCAGUGCCGAAAAGACAAAACUGAUGACAAAUAGCACCACAGGCAUCACCACUGAAAUUAAGGUUGGGGAGGAAAGACUAGAGACUGUAGGCAGCUUCAAAUACCUAGGAGCAAUAGUCUCAGAAGAAGGCUCCAAGCCCGAAAUGAUGUCCAGGAUUGCCCAGACCACUACAGCACUAAAGAGGCUCAAAAAAAUAUGGAAUGACAAAAAUAUUGCCCCUGGCACCAAAAUCAGGUUGAUGUGCUCAUUAGUCCUCUCCAUUUUCCUGUAUGCCUGCGAAUCCUGGACAUUAACAGCCGAUCUUGAAAGGAAAAUAAAGGCGAUGGAGAUGAGAUGCUUCAGAAGCAUUUUUGGCAUCUGCUAUAGGGACCAUAUCUCCAAUGAUACAGUGAAAGAAAGGGUUCGCCAGGCAAUUGGGGAGUACAAUGACCUACUGAUGACUGUGAAAAAACGCAAACUACAAUGGUACGGCCACAUAACAAGGAAACAAGGGCUUGCCAAAGAAAUAUUGCAGGGCACCACAAGAAGAGGGAGAAGAAGACGAAGACAAAGAAAAAGAUGGGAGGAUAACAUCAAAGAGUGGACAGGACUAACACUGGGCGAUGCUGUGUGUAGUACAGAAGACAGAGAUGAAUGGAGGAGGAUAGUUCACAUGUCAUCUGUGGCGCCCCAACGAUCCAAGGACUAAGGGACUUGAUGAUGAUGAUGACUAUACAGAUGGUUCCUCCUCAGAUUUUUUUGCUUUGGUGCUGUAUGAAGUAAUUUUGUAACAAUUAUUCUUACUGUUGAACCACAAUGAUUGCAGAAACAAAGAAAACUAAAGAAUGCAUUCUCAACUGUUCAGUGCAGCAUCAUUAGAUUUCCAUAUAUUUGAUAGGAUCUGAGAGUGCCUUUGAAAUCUAUGUUUAGAAUGCACAGAACAGCUGUACCGGUAUAUUUUUAAUGCCCCCUCUUCUUUUCACACCUUUAUAGCUUGUGUUAGUUAUUAGACUGUAAUUUGUUAACAGGAGGUAGUCAUAAUAUAUAUUGAUUCUGUUUUUCUUUUUUAUUUAAACGGCUUUUCCUAAAAAAAAAAAAAUCGCACGUUACUUGGUAGGAUUUUUACAAUGACGCCCUAAUUUGUUAACUAAUUCUUAUUUUAAUCAACUUUAUUUUAUGCUGAAAUGACUUUGAGUUUGAACCAGGUUAAAUUUCACCAGUAACUUUAUUUUUACCAAUAACAGACUGUCAUAAUGGGAUCUGCAGGUUUACCCAAACGUUAAUUGAUUUCUCUAGCAAAUACAUGUCUGCAAAAACAAAGUGACUGCUUAGAGCAAUAGAAACGUCAGUCACCUGCUUUUAGAAGUUACCUUUUUUGACCUCAACUUAACUCGACGCACGAUGCCAGUAGUUAUGCAUUAUAUAUAUUGUAUGUUUAUUUAUUACUAUUAAGAUACUGUAUUGUACGAUUUUGAGAUGAUAUUUUAGGAAUUCGAUGGUAAACAGGUCUGCUGUAGGUUCAUGCUAAUGAUGAAGUUCAGUUUGUACGUGAUAGUUUAUGUGUCAUGACAUCACUUGAUCCUGUCUACUCUAGGUUCAUGCUAAUGAUGAAGUUCAGUUUGUACGUGAUAGUUUGUGUCAUGACAUCACUUGAUCCUGUCUACUCUAGGUUCAUGCUAAUGAUGAAGUUCAGUUUGUACGUGAUAGUUUAUGUGUCAUGACAUUACUUGAUCCUGUCUCCUCUAGGUUCAUGCUAAUGAUGAAGGGUCAGCUUUGAGUGGUUAUCUGCGUGCUUACAAAUCCCGGAAGUGGAAGAGGCUUUGGUUUGUGGUCAAAGGUCAAGUGUUGUAUACGUACAGGGCCAGUGAGGUGAGUCAGAUUUGUUAAAAUCUGAUACCAUUAAUGAAUUCUUUGAUUAGGAAGGGUGUGGUUGACUUUAUUUUACCAGAUGUUAAUUUCUUCUUUGAAAUGAGAUGGCUGAUUAGUCAUUUUAAUUUUAGUUGUACUGAAUGGCAUUGUGGCUCUUGAAGUCAUGUGACAAGUCAUUUUUUCAGGAACAACCCCCCCACCCCGCCCCAACCACCCUUGUUUAUUUUUGUGUCAUUUAUUACCAGAACAAUUAAUGGUAUAUAGAGAAGGUGAAACAGUUGCAGGUCAUUAAACUCUUUCUAUGGCAGUCGGGGUUUUCCACGUUUGUGCCAAACCAAGAUAGCUGUAUUUCAUAUCAAAUUAAAGGAAAUUUGACAGAGAAUAAGAAUAUGUAAAAGAUAAAACAAUAAGACAAUAAUAGUUUUAAUUUUAUUGGUAAUAUGAAGUCAAUUUUUUUUUAAAGUAAAUGCUCACCAAAUCUGAACAUAUCAGACUACUCUAUGGUCUGUGUAGCUGGUAUCCUAUUCUGAUGCAAUCAUCAGAAAGUAUAUCCAUUUUGAUCAGAAUGUAUUUUACAUUUUGAAAAUAUUCCAUUAAGGGAUAGAGUUACACACAUUUUUGUUAGGUUAAUGUCAACCAAAGAAAACAGUUUCUCUGCAAUGUAUAUAAACACAAAUGUCAAACACAUUAUUUACAAAAUGUUUUACUUUGUUAUAAAUUUCUUUCUGUCUGGUCCUUUCUGAAGCACUCCUUAACAUACAGAUGAGCCCUUCAUGUGCAUCUGGUGCACGCAUAGCAGCCAUCUUUAGUUAUUUUGUGCACUUAGCAGUAUGCACACUGUCAAUCAUGCCCUGCAUAGUCAACGAGAUGCUUAUUUUCACCGAGACGCUCAUCUGCACUGUUGGGCUUUUUCCCUAGCUUUGAUAGGGUGGGCACUAGGGGAAUGAAUAUUUCAUGGUUCUGGGCUUUAGAAACUAUUCUUCCUGCAUCUUUUCUGCCUAAUUUCCGACUUCUCUUUAGAGGAACAGAAGUAGUAUUAUCUGAAUCCUCACUGUCACCAUAGUAAAAAAAAUAGUUUUGAGAUCCUUACUAACAAAAAUUCAUAACUUUUAAACCACUUGAGCUAGAAAGUUGAUCUUUAUGCUUUUGUAAUCCAUUCUUUAGGCUCUAUACAGCUGUGGUAUUUUUAUAUUUUUAAAAUUUUUACCGAAGUGGUGACUUUCCUUACUAUUACUAUCACCUCCUAUAUUCUAUUUGGCAUUUACCGAUCCAUCAGGAAGCUGAAAAUCAUCACUGGAAUCAGAUUCAAAUGAUUCAUGGUUAUUGUCCAAUGUUUAAGCAUCAAUAAUUCACAAUAAAAGCUCUUUUGUUUGCAAACUUGACUACCUACGUGGUCUAGCAACAACUGAUCUGCUUGAAGUAGGCAUGUUUAUUGUUUUUUUUAAUAAAGUUUCAACACAAAUUAAAAAAAAGGUCGCAAUUAGUGGAAAAACAAAUGUUAGCAAACUCUACUUCGCACAGGAAAGAAGUAGGAAGAAUUAUUGUUCAUUUGAGAACAUAAAACUUAGGAUUGAUAGUCGUAGGCAACAAAAUAAGCUACAGAAAUUUAUUCAAUGAUAUAAUCGUCGAUUGGCAUGGAAAGAGAGUUAAUGUAGCUUUUUUUUUUUUUUUUUUUUUUUUUUUUUUUUUUUUUUUUUUUUUUUUUUUUUUUUUUUUUUUUUUUUUUUUUUUUUUUUUUUUUUUUUUUUUUUUUUUUUUUUUUUUUUUUUGUUGUCUGUUGUUCAAGUUAAACUAAUUUUAUAGGACUUUCAAGAUUCAGUGCAACAAUGCUACCAUCCAGGUUUUUUUGCAUCCAACUUCUCAUAUUGUGUUUCUUUUUGUUAAUUUUGUUUCUUUUAGACAAUUUAAUUUAUGGGGGGGGGGGGAGGCAUUUCAGAUUUUCUGGUGGGCGGUGACAUAGGAAGUGUGGACAGAGGUGCAGUCCGCCCCCAGGGGAAUUUUUUUUAUUGUGUGGUGGAGGGGUAGCAUUUUAGGCCACGAUGGAAAAAGUCUUAGCCUACCCAGGGCUGCACUUACCCUAGCUACGCCAAUGGCCAUAACGGGGACCAGGAUGAGCUAUAAUUCCACCUUUCACUCAACAAAAAUCUAAAUACAGUUUUGUUGAGGGUAUGCUUUUGGCUCCAACUAAGUUUUAUCAGGGGAAUCCUAUAUUGACCAAAUAUAAAAUUAGAAUUUAAGAAAAUCAUCUUAAUCUAACAACCUUUGUGUGUUUCUUAAAGGUACCAACAUUAUCAUUUGAUAAGGGUAGAUGGGCAGAAAGAAAGGACACGGGGGGCUAACAAACAAAAAUAUUGGAGGGCCAGAAAAUUUUAGAUAAACUAAAAAUCAAUGGUGAAUUCAUUAUUUCUGCAUGGGGGGAGGGGGUAAAAUAGCAAUUGAGAGGCAUCAAAAGUGCACCUGUGCAGAAAAGUGUUGUAAAAAAUAAAAUUUCUGUAAUUCAUUUUAGUGCGUACUUUCACACUUCAUGGAAGGGCAACAAAAUUUUGUUGUCUCUCUACCUGGUUGUGUGGAUACAAAUGCUAUAAUUUAAGUUGUUACUGAGUAGUGUUGUUUUUAUAAUAAUAGUGGCCCUCCCUCUCACCCCACCAGAGAGAUGCCCUAAAGAAACACGGCUUGUCAAUGAUAAUUAAAAGUACCAAUAUAGUUGAACAGCAGUUAAGUUGUGGUGCAGCUUAAACUUAAAACUGGGAGGUGCCUAUUUUUGGGAGAAAAAUUAGGGAAUUUAGAAUCAAAAGCUGUAUUAACCUUUACUAUUUGAUCAUCAAAUAUAUAGAAUGUAUUAAUAUUUCAUUUAUUACCCUAUUUCACUAAUUUAAUUAAAAGAAUUAUAAAAAUGAUGAUUUAUGAUUUAUUUUUUUAUAAAAAAUUAUAUUUUUGCUUUAUUGUUGUACACUUAACCCCUCCCCCAGAGAGAUGCUUGAAAGAAACACUGCUCCUAAAGAUGACAUUGUCUUGAACUUAGUAUAAUGUUUAUAGAGUACUCCAGUCUGCUGUCAUUUGAUGCUGAUGAGCACAGUCACUAUUUCUUUCAGUAAAGGACAAAAAUAAUUAUACAAAUAUUUAAAUAACUAUUGGUGGCACACCCAGUGUGGUGUUGGCCAUCUUAAACAAUCCCCCUCUCCCCCCCCCCCCCCCCCCCCACCCCCCCCCCCCUCAUUUGAUGCUGAUGAGCACAGUCACUAUUUCUUUCAGUAAAGGACAAAAAUAAUUAUACAAAUAUUUAAAUAACUCUUGGUGGCACACCCAGUGUGGUGUUGGCCAUCUUAAACACUCCCCCUCUCCCACCCCCCCCCCCUCAACUACCCUCCACAGGUUUAGUUUCUCUGUCGCUACUUCCAAUCUAAUGGAGAUAGAUUAAUGUUAUAAUGUAUUGUGGUUCUCCAAUAAGGAGCAUGUCUCCUGAAUGCUGUAAAAUAGUUGUGACUUUUUUUAAUUGUGUAUUUUGCCUUUAGGACAUGGCUGCAGUAGAGAGUAUGCCUCUCCUGGGUUAUGAAGUGACACGUUUGAACGCUGUGAGUACGCAAUCUACCGUAUGUGUGUGAUCUUGCAGAGUUUGUGUCUUCCUUCUCAAUAGUUGCAUGAUUAAUAGGCAUUGUUUCCUCCUUAAAUACAAUUCUGUAAAUUUAAAAGAGGCCCAAAAAAAAAUAAUAAUAACCUGUAUAUAAAUAAAUCUAUAAUAGGCCUCUAGUGUUUACCUGAGUCCUUUGUAGUUUGGUAAGAAGCAAUGCUAUUUUGUUCCACCUUGAUUUACCCAACCAGGCAUUUGAAGGUGCGGAGCCAGAUUUACUUUUUGAGUUGACCCACCAGAACAACCAGCCUCUGGGGAACAGAAAUCUUGGUGCUGAAAAAACCACUCAGAGGCUAAUCUUCCGCACAGACACAGUGGCUGCAACAAUCAAGUGAGUUCCUACUUCCUAGUGUUCACAAGACAAAUCAUAUUGUUUGUGGUUUCAUAAAAUCAGUUGUAUACUCUGUAAUUUAAAUUAGCGGCUUUUUGGGUUUUUUUUUAUGUUUUCAUUGAAGUUUUAAUAUAAAAACACCUCAUUAAUGUUUUUGGGGGGAUUUUCUAGUUUGAAAACAAAUUGAACUAUUAAAUAGGAAAAGUUACUACAUAAGUUUGUAUUGUUGAAAUGUUUGAGAAUCUACCAUGAUGAAACAAGAGACGUGCAAUUCAAUAAUAAUUUGUCGUUUUGUUUUGUUGUUUUUUUCAGGUGGGUGAGUGUCUUAACAGAGGCUUCGUGCACUCACUUAACAUAAUUUAUGUUAAAAAAUACUUGAUUUCUUCAUGGGCCUGAGUGAGAGCUGUGUUGAGUGCUGCCACAACAUGCAGCAUUCUGGGCGUGUCCUUUUCACAACUAAUUUGGAAAAUCCAGAAAUAUUCUUUGAGUGUGUGGCAUGUCAAGAAUAACCUUAAAAAGGAUUUUGAUGAAUUUAAAUAACUUUUUUUUUAAUAUAGGGGUCAACUUGACACAUAUGAAAAUGAAAAGUAAAUGCAUUGAAAGUUGAUACUUUGAAUGAAUAAGUUUGUAAAGAUAAUAUUACCCCUCCCACUUCAAAUUACUUCCCCCGUGUCCAAAAUGCCUCCCCUGUGUUGAUCAAUUUCCUGGGGAUUAUCUAGCUGUAUGCGAGUGCCGUUCUGUACAUGCAUCUUUGGAACAUCACAAACUUGUGGAUAAAAUGACUAAAAGAUAUGAACACAAAAACUUGUCUUUCUUUGUAAAUAAUAAUUUUGAGGUACCACUAGCUAGACAACGAUGAUUUGUUACUAACACAAUAGUGUAUUUAUACAUUUUUAAAUACAAAUAUAUAUAUAUAAAUGUCCUUGUGAGCAAAGUAGGAUUAUUGGAGAGAAUUUUUUUUUAGGUAGGAAGAAUUACGGCUUAAAAAAAGGAACUGCAAAGAAGCCAGAGGGAUUUGCUAUCCUUGUACGGAACUUGUGUGUUAAUUCUAUCACAAGUAGUGCAAUGCCAUUUUUUUUUUAAAAUAAAAAACCAUCCAACAUUGGUGCAACUUGGUGGUUGGAAAGAUAAGGUUAAAAUGGUAAACACUAUUCCAACAGCUUGAGAAAAUGUUUUAUUUCAAAUGCUCUAGCAUAAUUUAGAAUUUUGUUUUCACUGCAAAGCUUUUAAUGAGCACUAUAAAUAAAUGUAUAUAAAUAUUUGGCAAAAAUACUCAAAUGGGGUUAUCAAAGAGAGAAAACAAACCUGUUGUCAGUUAUAUUUAAAAUUGUCCCAACAGAUAAAAGUGCAAUUAAAAAUGUAAUUUCACCAUUGACAUUAAUGCUGAAACAGUGCUUUUUUUAUAUAAUAACAAAAACAGCUUUGUGUAUAACACCAAUUGCUCCUCUCUGCUCACAAGGAAGGAUGUCAUCAUACAUAAAUAUUGAUGUUUAAUAAACUUGAGCAUAAAUUAUUUCCUAAAAGCUGCUUAUUUACUCAUAAAAUUGAUUAUACGGGUGGCAAUAUCUGUUAUAUUCCUUGUAAAAAUAGGUAGGCAUCUGCUGGAGAUUUUAAUUUUAAAAAUUCCUUUUCACAUUGGUAGCCAUCAGAGCCGUUAGACCUUGCAACCCAACGACUGCAUGGGUUUAAGAUAUUUAAGGUGCCUAUUGGUGAGGUGCAGGGGUCCUCAGAAAGUCACAGGUGGCAGGGAGACUCCGAAAGUCAUAAGGUGGCAAGGGUCCUCAAAAAGUCAUAGGUGGCAGGGGACCUCAGAAAGUCACAGGCGGCUCUGGUAGUCAUUCUCCAUCAGUGUUAAAACUUGAUGUUAUCUAUUGUGGAUUUUGUUUACUUUGGUUUUUAACAUUUAUUUUUAGUUGCAACAAUGUUUUAUUUUUAAACUUGUACACAGUAGAGGACAG